AUGGAAUCAGUUAAACUUGAAAAAGAAGAAAUAUUGGACGAAAAUAAUUCAAUAGAAAAUGUGUUGAUUAAACAAGAGAUCGAUUUAGAAAAAAUAUUUAUUAAAGAAGAAAUAUCAGAGGAAAGUGAAAAUUUAGAACAUGAACUAAUUACAGCUGAAUAUGAAACCGAUAAAUUAGAAGUGAAAAAUUCUUCAAAAGCUCAACAAAACAAACUACAUUCAUGUGAGUUUUGUGGCAAAAAGUUUAAAGAUCGAAGAAAUUUAGCUGGACAUCGACGAAUUCAUACUGGUGAAAAACCAUUUUCAUGUGAAGUGUGUGGCCAAAAAUUUAGUUUGAAGCAGAAUUUAAAUGCACAUAAAAAAGAAAUCAAUUUGGAAGAAGUUUUGGCUCCUCAAGUUUUGAUUAAAGAGGAAAAAUUUGAAGAAAGCGGCACAAUCGAACAAUUAGAAGAUUCUGCUUCCAAAUCUCAACAAAACAAAUCAUAUUCGUGUGAGUUUUGUGAUAAAACAUUCACACGACAAAAUACUUUAACUGAACAUCAACGAAUUCAUACCGGAGAAAAACCAUUUUCUUGUGAAAUUUGUCAUAAACAAUUUCGUUGGCGACAUAGUUUAAUUGGUCAUAAUCUAGUUCACACGGGAGAAAAACCAUUCUCAUGUGAGAUUUGUGGGAAAAAAUUUACACAACAAGGUAGUAUGAAUAUACAUAAAAAAAUAAAUCACACAAUGGAACUGCAACUGAACGAUGCAACUGAUCAGUUAGAAGAUUACCAAAACAAACCAUUUUCAUGCGAGUUUUGUGAGAAAACAUUCACACGACGAAGAAAUUUUCUUAAUCAUAAACGAAUUCAUACGGGUGAUAAACCAUUUUCGUGUAAAAUUUGUGAUAAACAAUUUCGUUGGUCACAUAGUUUAGUGAGUCAUAAUCGAAUUCACACGGGAGAAAGACCUUAUUCGUGCGAGAUUUGUAAUAAAACAUUUACACAACAGAGUAGUUUGAAGAAACAUAAAACAACUCACAAUGGAGGAUUUCAAACUUUUCCAUGCGAAGUUAUUAUAGACGAAAAUAACACGGAAAAUGCAACCGCAACCGAUCACUUAGAAGUUCGAACUGUUUCGAAACGUAAAGUAAAUAGAAAACAUUUUUUGUUGAUUAAAGAGGAACCUUUUGAAGAAAACGAUACAAUGGAAGAUGAAUUAAUUACAGCUGAAGAUGAAAUCGAUCAAUUAGAAGAUGAAAGUGAUUAA